AUGCUCUUCCGCACAGUGAUCAUGGCAAAUGCCGUCACUGCCGCCUUCUUCCGUCCCGCUGAAUGGGAGAAGCAGUCACAAGUCAUCAUGGCGUGGCCAUCUGCCGAAAACGAUGCCUACGAAGGCAAGUCAGACUUGGAUUCCGCAACAAGGGAUGUCUCAGCGAUAGCUGAGUCCGUCGCACUGUUCGAGCCUGUAACCCUCCUCGUCACCGAAGACCGUUACGAAGAAGCAGAAACUAGAUUCAAGAAUUCGUCUGGCAAAAUACACGUCAAAGCCAUUCAGGGCUAUCCCAAGCUCGACCUAUGGAUGCGCGACAUGGCACCUACUUUCGUUGUCAACGAUGACGACAAUGACGCCAAGUUGUAUGGCGUGGACUUCAAUUUCAACGGCUGGGGAAAUAAGUACCCGGUUGGGCAAUGCCUAUCCCUGGCUGCGAAGAUACUCUACGACAUGCACACUCCGGGAACUAAAUCAUCGCUUGUGACUGAGGGAGGUUCCCUCGAAGUUGACGGUGAAGGAACUCUGGUUAUCACCGAGAGUUCCAUCCUCAUUGAUAACCGUAAUCCGGGCAAGAGCCGUCAAGACGUUGAGGCCGAGCUGCGCCGCACUCUUGGCAUCGAAAAAUUUAUCUGGAUUCCAGGACGAAAAGGGCUAGAAGUUACAGAUGGCCAUAUCGAUGGCCUAGCCCGCUUCGUGUCACCUGGGCACGUUGUUCUCAGCAAACCUAGCAAGCUGGAUGAUAGUGUUUGGACCAAGAUCUACGACGAAGCCUACGACAUUCUCUACAAUGCUACUGAUGCCAAGGGGCGACAGCUUAAAAUCACGGAGAUAACGGAAGCAGAUAUGUACGCCGUCGGUAUGGAUCCCAAGAUCCUCAAAGAUAUUGAGUCGGGCGAGCAGGAUUCCCCAGCAUACAAUUACGUCAACUACUUGUUGGUUAAUGGUGGUGUUAUUUUUCCGCAGUUUGGUGAUAAGAAGGCGGAUGCGGCUGCCCUGAAGACUAUUCGUGGGUUGUACAAGGACCGAGAAGUUGAGCCUGUGUAUAUUGAGGAUUUGCCGUUCCUCGGUGGCGGAAUUCACUGUUCGACUCAGGAAGUUCCGGUUCCCAAAAAUUAG